CUUGCGUUUGUCACAAGACAGGCUUGAUAUUUAUUUAUAAAAUCCUGGUGGACUGUUCUACUUUCUAUUAUCUUUAAAGGGGGGUAAAACUUGAAGUAAGAUUUUAUUAAGACGACUUUUUGUUAAGUAAUUUGUUGAUAUGGUCACUCGUUGGGGUCAUAGUUGAGCGGGAAAAGAAAGCAUGGCGAGCGAAACUGUUUCAGACUGGGUGCAAUGUCCUGUUUGUUCGAGCGAUUUUGCGCCUUCAGAAAUAAAUGCCCAUUUGGACAGAUGUCUGCUGAGCACUGAUGAUGGUCCGACAUUAACGACUGAAGACGAGACUGGACCACCUAACAAGAAAUCUCGCAUUUCUUGCGAAAUUGUCCCAGGCAGUCCUGAUGUCAACAAAGCGAACACUUCCACUUCCUCCAGGAGUAAAGGUUCUUCGGUAUUUUCUAUGUUUCAAACUAACAAGAUUAUGGUUUCAUCUCAGAGUGAACGGAACGCAUUUCCUUCUAACAAACCGAGCGCCGAGGCUGUCAGCAAUGGAAUAAAACGCAAUUCGCCGAACGACAGGGAGAAAUAUAUGGGAAGGUUGAAGAGCGAUUCACCUUCACCUGCCAUGAAUGGACCGUUGAAGAUGCCAAGUACCAUACUCGCCCUGCAGAACACCGACAAACCCUUGGCCGAGAAGAUGCGACCAAACACACUGGAGGAAUACUUUGGACAAAAUAAAGUUGUGGGUGAACACACACUGCUUCGGUCACUUCUAGAUUCACAGGAGAUCCCUUCUCUUAUCCUUUGGGGACCACCUGGUUGUGGAAAGACCACUCUUGCUCACAUCAUUGCCAGCUCCAGUAAAAAGAAGGGCACAGCCCGCUUUGUAAAACUGUCCGCCACCAGCACAUCCACCAGUGAGGUGCGCGAGGUCAUAAAGCAAGCCCAGAACGAGCUCCGUCUCUGCAAGAGGAAAACCAUCUUGUUUAUUGAUGAGAUCCAUCGUUUCAACAAAUCCCAACAGGACACCUUUCUCCCUCACGUGGAGUGCGGGACGGUGACUCUGAUCGGGGCGACCACGGAGAACCCUUCCUUCCAGGUGAACGCGGCCCUGCUGAGCAGGUGCAGGGUGCUGGUGCUGGAGAAGCUGUCGGUGGAGGCGAUGGGCUGGAUCCUGCGGCGGGCCGUGGCCUCGCUGGGGAUCGGCGUGUUGGGGCGGGACGACAGCCAGGUGGCGGGUCAGGACGAGCGUCAGGACUCGGCGCAGCUCGGAUCCCAGCCUGAGGUGUACAUAGAGCAGACCGCUCUGGACACCAUCGCCCACCUGUGUGACGGAGACGCGCGCUCCGGACUCAACGGGCUGCAGCUGGCCGUCCAGGCGCGGGUCGGCACGGGCGGAGGCCUUCGGGCUGUGGUGGUGCGAGAGGAGCACGUGAAGGAGGGCCUGCAGAGGUCCCACAUCCUCUACGACAGAGCAGGUGAGGAGCAUUAUAACUGCAUCUCCGCGCUUCAUAAGUCCAUGAGGGGCUCCCACGAGAGUGCCUCGCUGUACUGGCUGGGCCGCAUGCUGGAGGGCGGCGAGGACCCUCUGUACGUGGCACGCAGGCUGGUGCGCUUUGCCAGCGAGGACGUGGGUCUGGCUGAUCCUUCUGCCCUGCCGCAGGCUGUCGCUGCCUUCCAGGCCUGCCACUUCAUAGGGAUGCCAGAGUGUGAGGUUAUUCUGGCUCAGUGUGCUGUGUAUCUGGCCAGGGCGCCCAAGUCCGUGGAGAUCUACAAGGCCUAUAACAAUGUAAAGGCGUGUCUGAGGAACCACAAAGGCCCCCUGCCCUCCGUGCCCCUGCACCUCCGCAACGCCUCCACCCGGCUGAUGAAGGAGCUGGGCUACGCUAAGGACUACAAGUACAACCCUGCUUUCAGCGCUCCGGUGGAGCAGGACUACCUGCCCCAGGAGCUCCAGGGGACCGACUUCUUCACCUGGACACCAGCUGACCUCUGACCCUGGGCACGUGCUGGUGGAGAUCAUGUCUCAUGUUGCUGG